UAUGAAUCACAUUAUGGCAUAUGCUUUAGCAAAAUGGUAAACUGCUGAAACUAUCGGCAUAAUCUCAUUAAUACCAAAUGACAGCCAAAUUUCAUGUGAUCUUUAAAAUACCUUAGCAAAUCUAAAAAAUGAAAGCAUUAGUUAAUUUUAAAAAAUGUAAAUAUAUUAAUGCUAUCUUUUAGUAAAUUUAUAACAACUGAAGGUGGUAAAUGGUAUUAUUUACCCUUUAAUAAAGAAGUUGUGUAACUAGUAUUGACUGAUAAUGAUUAUAAUUAAGAAAAUGUAGAAAUGCUUAUCAAUUCCAUUAGUACAAAAAUUGUAUACUUUAAAUCAAUAAAUUAGUUUGAUCAUAAUCCAACCACUCCUCAAAGCAUAAACAUAUAAUAAAAAUAAAAUAUUUACAAUUUACUAAUCUACUUUGAUUCAGCCCAUGGAAAAGAACCUAAAUAAAUACAAUAAAUUCUAUAAACUUUAGAUAAUACUAAACAAACUGUUUAGCAAAAUAUUGAAAAGAUUAUCAAUAACAAAGAAUAAUUAAUAAAUAUUGAAGGUUGUAUUAAGCUAUAUUCAUAUAAUUAGUUCGGUCAUUUGAAUUAGAUAAUAGUUCAUAAGUAUUUUUAAGCUCAGCAUAAGAAUUACACAGAAAAUAAAGAAUGAAAAAAUUAAAAAAUAGAUUAAUUAUUGGUUCAAUAAUUUUAUUUGGAUUAGCAAUCUCAUUCUAUGUAAUUUGGAGUUGA